AGACAUCGAGACGAUCGAAACAAAUCGAUGUGAAUUAUUUCAAUUAAUGGAAUCAUGGGAGGCGUAAUAUUUGGUAUUUAAUCACAUGUUGUGAUGAUUAACUCAUUGUAUUUUUUCGUCUACAAAAUACUUUUUUAGUAAACAGGCCUAUAAGCGUGCCUCUCAUUUUUCUACAACUCUUUUCGAAUAUGAUAAGACCAAAUCGUUUAAUUGGUCUGUGCUGUGGACAUCACAUACCCAAGAAAAGAUUGUUGCAUGGAAGUAGAUGUAUGCAGAAUAAUCAGACAAGUUCAAAUUACUCGAUUGAGGCAAAUAUUAGAACCACAUCCACUGGGCUGGUGUCGCAAAAGCUGAAAGUUCCAUCCUUCAAGAAACCAGAAAAUCCAGAAGUGAAUGAAGGAAAAGAAUUCGAAGGAUUUGUAGUGCAGGAAGUGAGUGAGAUUCCUGAGUUCCGUCUCUGGGCAUACCGUUUACAUCAUCGUGCGACUGGGGCACAGUAUCUCCACAUCCAGCGUGAUGAUACAAAUAAUGCAUUUUCUGUUGGUUUUCGUACAACCCCAAAUAACUCGACAGGCUUGCCACACAUUCUAGAACAUACUACACUAUGUGGAAGCUUGUGCUUUCCUUGUCGUGAUCCUUUUUUUAAAAUGUUGAAUCGAUCUUUGGCAACAUUCAUGAAUGCUAUGACAGGUCCAGACUACACCAUAUAUCCAUUUGCAACUCAGAACGUUCAAGAUUACAGGAACCUGAUGUCAGUUUAUCUGGAUGCUGUGUUCAAUCCACAGUUAAGGGAGUCUGAUUUUCGGCAGGAAGGUUGGAGAUUAGAACACGAAAACCUGAAUGACCCCACAUCCCCAAUAAUCAUCAAAGGCGUAGUAUUUAAUGAGAUGAAAGGCGUUUUCUCGGAGAAUCAGUCUCUGUUUGAACAGAAGCUUUUAAACAACAUCCUUCCUGGGCAUACAUAUGGUUUUGUUUCUGGGGGAGACCCUCUUGUCAUUCCUAACCUCACAUAUAAUGAUCUGAAAGCAUUCCAUGCUCAGUACUAUUGCCCUAGUAAUUCACGAUUCUAUUCAUAUGGAAAUUUUCCUUUCGUUGGCCAUCUGAAAUAUAUUAAUGACAAUUAUCUGUCUAAUUUUAAAAAUACCCCGCCUAAAGAUGGUAGGAACACUUCAGUUCCUUCCGAAAAUAGAUGGUCUGCAGAGAGACACAAACACAUAACUUGCCGACCUGACCACAUGGCUGCUGAUCUUACAAAGCAGUCAACCAUUGCCAUCAGUGUACUAUGCUCUGAUAUCACGGACAUCCAAGAAACAUUUGAACUUCAGGUUCUCUCACAACUGUUGGUACAAGGACCAAAUUCUGCAUUCUACAAGACUUUAGUUGAGCCAAAUAUUGGAGCAGGAUUUGCUCCUGUGACUGGCUAUGAGUCACAGACUAAAGACACUAUUUUCACUGUGGGCCUUCAAGGAGUAAAUCCAAAGGAUUUUGGUGAAGUCUUGAAGCGUUAUGAUGAAACUUUAACAAAAGUGUUGAAUGAGGGAUUUGAUGAGAAGCAUAUAGAGGGAGUGCUGCAUGGCAUUGAAUUGAACAUAAAGCAUCAGUCAGCCGACUUUGGUCUUGGAUUGCUGUUUGGACUCAGUUCGCUAUGGAAUCAUGAUGGAGAUUUGGUGAAAGCACUGAAGGUAGAAGAUCAGAUAUAUUUGCUGAGACGCAGCUUGAAAGACAAUCCACAACACCUUCAGGAUAAAGUGUUGAAGUAUAUGAAAGAAAAUACUCAUAGACUCAUACUUACAAUGACACCAGAUGAGGACUAUGAAGCAAAGCAAGCCCAGGCUGAGCAGGAGCUUCUACAGACAAAGUUGGCUGCAUUGUCACAGCAGGAGAGGGCAGUACUGUUUCAGCAAGCUUUGAAACUGCGCGAUGAACAAGAGAAAGCUGAAGACACUUCAAGUCUUCCAACAUUACUUAUGAAAGAUUUGAAAAAAGAAAUUGACUUAACAUCUGUAAAAGAUGUAGAUGUCUCCUCCAUACCUAUUCAAGUGUGUGUUCAACCCACAAAUGGCAUGACAUAUUUCAGAGGAAUUGUGAACAUUAAAGAGCUAAACAGUGAACUGAAGACACUUGUUCCCCUAUUCUGUCAAGUUGCCACAAAGAUGGGAACCCAGAGGCACAGCUACCGGGAACUAGAUCAGCUUGUUCAGCUAAAGACAGGAGGAGUCUCUCUCAGCGGCCAUAUUGCUGAUGACACCAUGGAAACAUUUUCAUAUGAAGAAGGAAUAUUAUUUGCUUCCUAUUGCCUGGAUAGAAAUGUGAAGGAUAUGUUCAUGUUGUGGUCAGAACUGUUGAAUGAAGGCUCUUUUAGUGAUAUGAAGAGGUUUGAGACUUUGGUUCGUGUGACUGCUGCUGAUCUCAUCAAUGGGAUUGCUGAUAUGGGGCAGCAUUAUGCCAUCUCCAGUGCUGCAAGUCUUGUGAAUCCGGCCUCAUAUAGGAAGGAGCUUGCUUCAGGCCUCAGUUAUGUGGGGAAAAUGAAAGAGAUAGCUCAGAUGUCAGACUUGACCCCUGUACUGGCACAGAUAAGGCAGAUUUCAGAGACCGUGUUUAACAAAAAGCAUUUACGCUGUGCAGUAAACUUGAGCUCAGAUACCGAAAAUGCUGUGUUGAAGGAAAUGGAGGUGUUUCUAGGUUCGCUACAAGGGACAGCAGGCUUACCUUUGCUAAAAACUCAGGAUCCUAACUACUAUCUUGAGAAAUCAGCUGUACGAGGUUUCCACCAUAUCCUUCCAAUCCCUGUCAACUUUGCAGCUAAAUCCCUAUCCACUGUCUACUACUGCCAUUCACAUUUUCCCUCAUUGCGAAUCAUGGCCAGACUCAUCACAUCCAAGUUUCUACAUCCGCACAUCCGAGAAAAAGGUGGAGCUUAUGGUUCAGGACUCUCUCUGUCUCCAUCUGGUGUUCUGAAUUUUUAUUCAUAUCGAGAUCCAAACUCUGCUGCAACUUUUGACAUAUUUGAUCAAGCCAGUGAAUGGGUCUCACAAAACUCAUUUACUGACAAGGACAUAGAGGAGGCCAAACUGGGUGUGUUCCAGACUGUUGAUGCUCCGAUACCACCUGGCUCAAAAGGAAUGAAUAAAUUUCUAUAUGGUAUUCAUGACUUUUUACUGCAGAUGCAUCGAUCUGCAUUAAUGUCUGUAACACGACAGGACAUUAUAGAAGUGGCAGAGACAUACCUAGGACAGAAAAGUCAGUCAAAAUGUGGACGUGCUCUUCUAGGUCCUAAGAACGAAGUGUUGCAUCUGAGGAAAGCAGAAAACUGGGAAUUUCUUCAGCAGGAUAUAUAGAUUUCUUAAUAAUAGUUUGAGAUAAUUAUAUGGUUGUAACAUGCUGGAGUGUUAUUGUGUGUAUAGAGGACCUCAAACUUCAUACUGUCAAUGCAAGCAGAAUAUGAAUUCAUGUCUACAGGCUCCUUGUCAAUCAGAAAUUUUUAUUUGUAAUUGUGAGAUGUAGUAUGUGCCUUCCCAUAUUUCAUGUGUAUAUUUGUGCCAUGCUUUUAGGCAGCCUUUACCCAGAAAGUGGCAUGUCUCUAGUUCUGUCAUGUGACGCGUAUUUUCAGUGAAGAGAGUUUGAUAUUUAGUGUCCUAGUCAAAGUAGGAACUUGUACAAUCAUUUUGGACUAUUUCAGUCAGUCAGAUUGCCACUUAAUGUGAAGGUAUAAAUUAAUUUUUCUGUUUAAUGUUCCACUAUAUGUACAGUGCUAGAUUUAUCAUGCAUUAGUUAUAGUAUGUGGUCUGUGGGGUAAACAGUAAAUACUUGUCCAACAUGAAUUUGCUUAUGCCUGCAAAACAAGUGCAAAUAAUUAUUUACUCAACAUGGUUGUGUAUUUAAUGUGCUAUUCUUGAGAUACCUAGCUACCACACUGGAUUAGGGUUUACUACAAUCAUUUGUGAUACAAUAUGAAAAAUUUAAGGAUAGGCUGUCUGUAUGGAAACAGGUGUACACCCUUCUGGUGUUCUAGUACAUGACAUUUUGUUUUGCAUCAGUUUAACUAGUGGGCAGAUUAUAUCCUCCAGAAUACACUAGAUAUGAGGUUGGAUUUGAUUUAGAAUACUUCUGAACAUUUGAGGUUCUCACAUCAAUAAAAUUUUCAUCUCCA